UCGCCCCCUGUUGAGAGCACCCGACAAUUAGAUACAAAUCUCCGCCUCUUGUGGUCGUUGUCUCUGCAGCGUGAGUGGAGAAAAGACGGCCAAAAAAGAGCAAAAUGGCGCUCACUUCUCAAGGAACAAAGAAAAAAGUUUGCUACUACUAUGACGGUGAUGUUGGGAACUAUUACUAUGGACAGGGACAUCCCAUGAAGCCCCACAGGAUCCGCAUGACACACAACCUUUUGCUCAACUAUGGCCUCUACAGAAAGAUGGAGAUCUAUCGUCCCCACAAAGCCAGCGGGGAGGAGAUGACCAAGUAUCACAGUGACGAUUACAUCAAAUUCCUGCGUUCAAUCCGACCGGACAACAUGUCGGAGUACAGCAAACAAAUGCAGAGAUUUAAUGUCGGUGAGGACUGUCCUGUGUUUGAUGGGUUAUUUGAGUUCUGCCAGCUCUCUGGAGGAGGCUCUAUUGCUGGUGCUGUGAAGUUGAACAAACAGCAGACAGACAUCGCUAUCAACUGGGCUGGGGGUCUGCAUCACGCCAAGAAGUCCGAGGCCUCUGGAUUUUGCUACGUCAACGACAUUGUACUGGCCAUUCUGGAAUUACUGAAAUACCACCAGAGAGUCCUGUACAUAGAUAUUGACAUCCAUCAUGGAGAUGGUGUGGAGGAGGCCUUCUACACCACCGACCGCGUCAUGACCGUUUCCUUCCACAAGUACGGAGAGUACUUCCCUGGCACCGGCGACCUGAGAGACAUUGGUGCUGGGAAGGGCAAAUAUUAUGCCGUGAAUUAUCCACUGAGGGAUGGGAUCGACGAUGAGUCGUAUGAAGCCAUAUUCAAACCUAUCAUGGCUAAGGUGAUGGAAAUGUACCAGCCCAGUGCAGUGGUUCUGCAAUGUGGAGCUGAUUCUCUGUCAGGAGACAGACUCGGCUGCUUUAACCUCACCAUCAAAGGUCAUGCCAAGUGUGUGGAGUACAUGAAAAGCUUCAACCUGCCCCUGCUGAUGCUGGGCGGAGGCGGCUACACCAUCCGCAACGUGGCUCGCUGCUGGACGUAUGAAACCGCUGUAGCACUUGAUUCCCCCAUCCCCAAUGAGCUUCCAUACAAUGACUACUUUGAGUACUUUGGGCCUGACUUCAAGCUGCAUAUCAGCCCCUCCAACAUGACCAACCAGAACACCAACGACUACCUGGAGAAGAUUAAGCAGCGCUUGUUUGAAAACCUGCGUAUGCUGCCUCAUGCACCAGGAGUGCAGAUGCAGGCUAUUCCUGAAGAUGCUGUGCAGGAGGACAGUGGAGACGAGGAGGAAGACGAUCCCAACAAACGCAUCUCCAUCCGCGCUCAUGACAAGAGGAUAGCGUGUGAGGAAGAGUUCUCUGACUCUGAGGACGAAGGUGAAGGAGGUCGCAGGAACGCAGCCAGCUUCAAGAAAGCCAAGCGAGUUAAAACCGAGGGCGAGAAAGAGGGAGAAGAAAAGGAGAAGAAAGGUGAGGAGGAAACAAAAGAAGUCAAAGUAGAGGAGAAAGUGCCGGAGGAAGAGAAAAUGGACACAUCCAAGCCAAAAGAGGAAUCCAAGACUCCUUGAGGUCGUAGCCACUCGAUGAUGCCAGUGCAGCUGAUCAGACCAGAUCCCAUUUUUUUUUAAGAUGAAUGUUCCAGUCUGUGGCUUUGGAAACCAGUGAAGGACUGUUCUUUUGUAACGUCACAUCCUAACUCCUCUGAAAUGUCACGAGGAGCCGAACAUGUUUUUCUAGGAUAACUUUUCAACUUUGCUGUUUAUGGACUUCAAGUCAAACUGGCUGUUUUUUUUAAUACUUUCUUGUUGUUUUUUUUUGUUGUUGUUCUGAAUCUUUUGAAACUACUCUGUAAAAAAAAUAAAUUUGCCUAGUAAACGUA